AUGUUAAAACUUAGUGUUCUUAUUGGUUUGAUGGUUUGUUUAGAAACUGUGCUUGUUCAGUGUGCUAGCAACGAAUCCAGUUCGGUUUCAGCUCCAAGUGGAUUUUCGUUCGAGAUGAUCAUGACAAAGCUGCAAGUGCUCGAGUAUCACAUCAUUAAGAAGGAUCUUCAAGCAGACGAACGAAUCACCGUAUUGGCGUCCAAUGUGAAGAGUCUAGUGAGAGACGUCGAGCAACUAUCAUGGAUUGUGCAACAGACGGCAGAAACCGUAAACCACCUUGGUUUCAAUGGCAAGCAGAUUGCUCACAAUCUGAGUCUCAUCCAACGUGAUCUUAAAGAGGUUACAUCAGAACAGAGGCUGCUUCUUAGCACCCAACAGUUUGGGGAAUAUUUAAUCCAAGGUGGAUGUACAACUAAUAAUAUCUCACAGUUCAGUGUGCAACGUGAGAGUCGGUACACUUCUUGCAGCAGUUUGCCUUUCCGCUUGUCUGGAAUAUACCAGAUUCAGCCGGAGAAACCUUUCAAGGAACCGAUGAGCGUGCUAUGUGAUCAAGAGUACGAGUCCGGAGGAUGGACAGUGAUUCAACAUCGCUUUGACGGUUCGGUGAACUUCUUUCGAGGAUGGCAGGAGUAUAAGAAUGGUUUCGGUAGCCUAGAAGGCGAGUUCUGGUUGGGCUUGGAUCGCAUCCAUCAGCUGACCGCAUCAAAACCACAUGAAUUAUUGAUUGUGCUGGAGGACUACGAUGGAAAUAAAACAUACGCAAAGUACGAUCGCUUUGAGAUUGGAGACGAGGGUCAAAAGUAUGUCUUGAAGACCCUGGGCACUUAUUCGGGAACGGCUGGAGAUUCGUUUUCAGACCUCAAUGGUAUGAAAUUCUCCACACUCGACGCUGAUAACGACACAUGGGGAAAGAACUGCGCGGUUGAGUAUACUGGAGCGUGGUGGUAUACGGCUUGCCAUCACAGUAACCUCAACGGACGUUAUUUGAGCGGAGCUACAAAGGAAUCAUGGGCUGGAAUGGUUUGGCACAAGUUCCGUGGUGAAGAUUAUUCGUUGAAAUCUUCAAAAAUGAUGAUUAGGCAAAUGUAGUCCAGAUGAUGUGUGGUAAAUGGAAAUUAAGGAAUGCAUUCUUGAACGCGAAUGUAUCUUAGUUUGAUUCAAAUUUAUCCAUUUUGUUCUAAUAUUUUGAAAUAAAUUUGAUGGGUAUAUAG